GUAAAAGAUAGGUGGGGUUUGUGUGCACGAUUCACUUGGUCGCGAUUUACUUAGUGUUCGGGAAAUUCGCGACCAGCUGUGCUUCGAAUAUUAUAAAAUAAAUUUCGUUGUACGAAGCGUGCGCAAGACAAAGGGACAAAGUGGAAUGUAAGAUAUAUUCAAGGAUCACUCGAGGCUCGUUUUCGUUUCCUUUGUUAUGAGGAUACAUCCUACUUGAAGAUACGAUAUCCGAAUUCUUUGACCUGAGCAAGAUUUACAACUGGAUCUGUACCACGUUGGUGUAGUUUUAUAAAAUCAAUGGAAUGUUUCGUUUCGGUGGGACAAAUAUCUCAUGUUUCUAGACUAGUCAAUGGAAAUUACAAUUACGAAGUCACGUGAUAAGGAACAGGAUCGUAGACCACAUCAACAAAGAACACUUGUUUAACGCAAAUAUGUAGUGAAUGAAAAAUCUUUGAAUUAACACAACUGUUUUCAUCGUUAUUAAAUCAUUUUUUCAACGUUUGUAGGCAAAAUUAUAUUUCUCUGAUCGUAGGUGGUACUUAUAUCGAUGACAACCUUGGUCCUGUUCAAUGUUGUCUGCUUGGUAAUGCACUGAGUGUAGACGCAAUAAACAAGUUAAGUUGGAAAUAUCAAUUUGUUUUAUAUGAAUGUUCCAUGCUUUCUCCUCUGCGUCAUUCUGGUUUUUCUCCGGAGAAUGAUUUACAUUCACGUGUUCUUUACGGUUGCAAGGGCGGCAUCAGAAAUCUUAUAAUCUCGUGCGAAGUGACAAUUUGUAUUACGUAUUAAACGAAUGCAUAAACGAAUCGAUAUUUUCUACGUAUAACAAUUGUACUAGUUGACUUUCGUAUGCCUUUUCAUAAUUAAAACUUUCUAUCGAACAGCCGAGUUUCAACAGAAUUUUGCGCAAACGCACUGCUCGUUCAUGAAGACCGCGAAAUCCAGGGGAAAAGAUAAGAGUGGUAUCGGAAACUGAUAUUAUAACAUGCCGAGAUCGGUUUAUACGAGUGCCAAUUAGUUAUCGUUAAUAUCGAUCGUCGAUUGUCGCUAUCGUCGACACCGUUGACGUUCUAAACCCACCUGUAGAGUUCGUACGAGAAAACUGUGACGCUUUGGUAUUAUCGACGGUCGAACGGCAUCUUAAACACAUUAUCGAUAUUUGUGUGCAUGAAUACAUACCGGAAACGACGUUGGAACUAUCGACGUCUCGAUGAAAGGAGCCAGUGAAGUGCUAGUGACUUAUCGAUAGUACAGCGCGAAGUAUAAUUGUGUUAAAAAUUGAAACACGAUUGUCACUUUAAACAAAUCGGAGUGUAACGUCACGGUACUCAAUUUGCGUAGACAAACAAAAAUGCAUUAUUGCCGGAAAAUAGUAUAAGAAACGAUUUUAUUUUGUUGACCGGAAGUAGUCAUUUUUACCAAACAAAAAACACCAAAUAAAGCGCGGGAAAAGAAACGCCAACUGCGCAUAUAUACACGAUUCGAAGUAUUUGGUGUCGAUUAUCGAAAUAUUUUCAUCCAUUAACCGUGAAUCAUCGAUCGAUCGAAACGGUGAAUUCACGUGGUCGAUGACGGCGUUUGUCGCGUAGAGUGAGCAGCGAGAGGAAAAGUGGCGCGUAAGAGGCAAAUCGAACGGAAAGCGAGCAAUUUCAUUGAGUAACACCGUUUUCGCUGUCGCGCGAUUGCAACGAAUUACAUAAUCGGCCGACAGAGGGAGAGAGAGAGACGUGUUAAAGCACAUCGAGAAUGACCUUCGCAGCCUUCUCGUCUGUCCAACUAUCGUCGAGAGAGAAGAGCCCGGAGAUAAGGUCAAACGCGGUUUAAUUAAUACCUAACCGUGAUCGGACUGACGGUGUCGAACGGAGAAGAGUGGAAGAAAAGGAUGUACGCGUGCCGGAAGAGGAUGACUCUAGCGAGACAGCGUUCUGGCAAGAAUAUCGGCGAGAUCUAAGGCAACUGCAGUUGGUUAUGCCGUGUUUCUCAGCACAGCAGGUGUAUCGUGAGAGAUGACAGUCACUUACACUGCCGAAGUCGCUACCUGCAGAGGUCUCGGUUGCUUUCUAAAAUUACUCCUAAGAUGGCGAGCGAGCAUAUACAAGCUUGUCUGGCUGGACCUAGCCCUCUUCCUAUUCAUAUAUUAUUCGCUGUCGAGCAUCUACCGAUUGAUACUGGACGACGAACAAAAGAAGAUCUUCGAGGCCAUAGUUGCGUAUUGCAACGAGUACAGCGAUCUAAUACCGCUGUCUUUCGUCCUGGGCUUUUACGUCAGUAUUGUUAUGACCAGAUGGUGGAAUCAAUACAUGGUGAUACCGUGGCCAGACUCAAUCGCGGUUUUCGUGUCAGCCACUAUUCACGGCAACGACGAAAGAGGUCGAUUAAUGCGCCGAACCAUCGUCAGGUAUGUGUGCGUUUGUUUAACGCUGGUACUGGCGAUGGUCUCGCCACGAGUGAAGAAACGAUUUCCCACGUUGGAGCAUUUCGUGGAGACUGGUUUGUUGCUGGAAAACGAGCUGGUUAUAUUCCAGAGCUUGAACGAUAAGUUUCCCAAGCCCAGCAAGCAUUGGUUGCCGAUAGUCUGGGCAUCGAGUAUUGUGACACGAGCGAGGAAGGAGGGUCGCAUUCGUGACGACUUCGCCGUGAAAACGUUGAUAGACGAGCUAAACAAGUUUCGCGGCCUCUGCGGUAGCCUCAUGCACUAUGAUACUAUUAGCGUUCCUUUAGUUUACACUCAGGUAGUAACGUUGGCUGUGUAUACGUACUUUUUAACGAGCGUGAUGGGUCGACAGUGGGUGCAGAAUUCCUCCACGUCGAAGAUCGAUCUCUAUUUUCCAGUAUUCACGACGCUGCAGUUCUUUUUUUAUAUGGGUUGGUUGAAGGUAGCCGAAACCUUGAUCAAUCCGUUCGGCGAGGAUGACGAUGAUUUCGAAGUUAAUUGGAUAAUCGACAGAAAUUUACAGGUGAGUUAUCUUAUCGUCGAUGAAAUGCACCACGAGCAUCCGGAAUUAAUCCGCGAUCAAUAUUGGGACGAAAUCUUCCCCACGGAACUUCCGUACACAGCGGCAGCACAAGCCUUCCGCGAGGAGCACCCGCAACCGUCCACAGCCGGAAUUCUAUUAUCUGCGGCACAACAGGAACUUCAACCAUCUUCGGUCAGGAUCGAUGAAAUGGCAGCGGAAUAUCAACAAAAGUACCAUAACGAUGUAGCUGACGACGCUGCGUCCGGUAUACACUUCACAGCAUCUGGAAAAAUGUCAAGGAGUGCCACAGAGAGUGGUAAAAUAGCGAGGAGCGCUAGCAGAGUAAGCAAUCGGGACCGUACUCUGAGCGGGGGCUCCACUCCCAGUAACAUAGGGGGUUCUCUGCCGAGAGUUAACAGCGUGACCAGUGUACUGAAACGAUUGUUCAGCAAGGAGGAUAGGCCAGAUGGCGGCACGUCAAGCGGUACUAAAACGCCUGGAAGGAUCGCGACUUCCAGCUCUGCAGCUUCGUUGCAAAAUCGAGCCAUUGGUGGCGGAUCUAUGAGGAUUGGAGUUAUCAAAGAAGAGGCGGAUGAACAAAUGACAUUAACGUCGAUGAAAUCGGACAAGAGACCUACUGUGCAAAGUAUAUUUUCACCGGGACCACCACCGCCAAGCGCUCCCGUUGCUGUUCCCGGUAUGGAACAUUCGAGAAACGGAGAGAUAUUUUCAUGUAGCGCUCCAAUAACUGGUGGCUUGUUAGUGGGAAGUAAUGGUGAAAGCGCUAACGACAGGACAUACGCGCCUGAUCCAAGGACGCAACGAACCACGCAAUCAGCGCGAUCGAGCAUUACUUACGAACCAGCAACGAGCUUCAUGGGCAGUGGUAUCGUGGAUGAUCUUAUAAGCACCCGCAGUUCCUCGUGCACCAGUGUCAACUCCGAUGACGAAUUUACGAAAUUAAAGACGGAAAGAGAAAGGCAAAGACGAGAUAGAGUAGUACGAAAAUUGGCUAGAAGCACCAGCGGACAUAAUAAUUUGAUUAGUGCUCAUUCAAGAAGUCCCCUAGACCACGAACAUCUUUUAUUAUCGGAUAUGGCAAAUACUUCACGUUUGUCUAUGGCGCUGGUUGACAAUGAUGAUAAGAUAGUCCAAAGCGAUAAUCUUUAGCAAUAUCGCCGAUGGUUCUUCUUUGAAGUUUAGUUUCAAUUGCGCCGAGUACCUAUCCAGUUUCUACAAUAUUUGAGUAGGAAGACUACCGAUCGAUUGAACGGUUAAAGUAUGCGAAUUUUGACGUGCUUUUACAGCUGUCAAAGUCGAUUUAGAUGAUCAAAGUUCUCGCUUAGAUAUUAGUGUACAUACAGACUUUUUACUAGAAUGAGAUUGCGAGGAAAUAGCAGGAAAUAUUUGGUGAUGAAUAUUUAUGAAUCGAGUUUGAGCGUAAUUAAUUUAUGGUGAGAAUACGUAUGGAGCUGAUGGAAGGUUUUUUUUAUAAACAUUCCCACUGUUGAAAGGGGAGAAGUUAUAACGAUAUAUGGGAUUACGUGUACGUAAAAUAAGUAUGACCUUUCUAUUAUUAUUGUAAUUUUACGUAUAUCGUAAGCCUGUUUCCCACUUUGGCUAAAGUAAAUAAAACUUUAAAUGCUUUAUGCAAUGUCCGAGAUUCGGUGUAAGGAUAAGGCAUUCGUCAGUUGGUAGAUGUUACUUAAAGAUUCUGUAAACCACCCAAAGAUUACAUAAGUAAGAGCAGACAUCGAAAGUUAUUACCACUGUAUUUAAAGAGUGGAUUUGCCAUCUGUCUAUAUAUAUAUAUAUAUAUUUGUAUAUAUAUACCGGUAUACCUCUCACUUCAAAUUCUACGUAUCGAAAUAUGACAAUAAUUGCGGAAACGUUGUCAUCGAAU